AAGAGAGGUGGAGAGAGAGAGAGAAAACAGCUAUCGUGUCCCUUACACGGACUUUGGCUCUGUUGGCAGACGCCGCGGCACUACGUGGUUACGGACAGGCCCGACAGGGCGCGCCGGGCGGACGAGCAGUACAGCUACUCGUACUCGGCCGAGGAGUCCACCUCCCGGUCUGACCGGCCCGGCGCGGUGCCCACCCGGUCCUACACGUCGUCCUCGGAGCGGGUGCAGCGCUCCGCCGGCUCCGGCCCGGGCUCCAACUACUCUUCCAGCACGGAGCGCACCGCCCGCUCCAGCGGCGACGGCCCCGGAGGCUACCACUCCUCGUACUCCUCGACCGCCUCCGGCUCCCUGCCCGGCGGCACCCGCUACCGCCACUUCUCCUACCGCGUCUAGAUCGGUGCAGCCCCCCCACC